GACGCAGCGACCACUCUCCGCCGUCCACGCACUCGGACAAGCCUCCGCGACGGCUUCCUGUGAACGGCAGUCCGGAAACCGCCGACCCAAAAUUUAGCAGAGGUCGUUCAAGUUGAGCUGGCUUCUCCGUUUGCUUUGUCUCCGUGAAAGCAUCUUCCGCGCGGGCUGGCGGUCAUAGCACUGAGCCAGGAUGGCCACGCAAAUGUUCCAGACCUGUCUCCGAACAAGACCACGCUUCUCAGCCGCUCUCGUUGGCAAGUCCUGGGCAACGCGGCGACAUGCAGCCACCGCUGCAGCAACCAAUCCUGGCGAGAGUGACGCGCCCGAACGUCCUUCGUAUCCUCUCUCGGACCAGGAUCUGCUCCGUCUCAGAUUUCAGCGCAACAUUGGGGUGUCCGCACAUAUUGACUCUGGCAAAACGACAUUGACCGAACGGAUAUUGUACUACACUGGACGCAUCCGGGAGAUCCACGAAGUCAGAGGGCGAGACAAUGUUGGAGCGAAGAUGGACAGUAUGGAGCUGGAGAGGGAGAAGGGUAUCACCAUCCAGAGUGCGGCGACAUACUGCGACUGGGUUGCUACCAUGCCAGCGACCGGAGAGCAGGAGAAGUACGCCAUCAACAUCAUUGACACGCCAGGUCACGUUGACUUUACUAUCGAGGUCGAGCGGGCGUUGCGUGUCCUGGACGGUGCUAUUCUGGUCUUGUGUGCGGUCUCCGGUGUACAGAGUCAGACAACUACGGUCGACCGGCAAAUGCGGCGGUACAACGUUCCUCGGGUUUCGUUCAUCAACAAGAUGGACAGACCUGGUGCAAACCCAUGGCGUGUCAUUGAGCAAAUUCGGACUAAGCUGCGCAUCCCUGCGGCUGCUGUGCAGGUGCCCAUCGGUGUUGAGGAUGAGCUCAAGGGCGUCGUCGACCUCGUGCGCUGGAAGGCCAUCUACAACGAGGGCGAGAAGGGCAACACCGUCGUGGUCUCGGACGAGAUUCCGGACUCCGUCCUCGACUUCGCCAAGCAGAAGCGGCGCGAGCUCAUCGAACAGCUGGCCGACGUCGACGAGGAGAUCGGCGAGAUGGUCAUCAUGGACGAGGAGCCCAACACCCAGCAGCUCGCGGAGGCCAUCCGCCGCGCGACUGUCGGGCUCAAGUUCUCUCCGGUCUUCCUGGGUUCUGCAGUCAAGAACACUGCGGUGCAGCCGUUGCUGGAUGGUGUCUGCGCGUAUCUCCCCACUCCUUCAGAGAGUCAGGUUGUUGCGCACGAUACCUCACUGCCUGCCGACACUCCGAUGGUUCCUCUCGUUCCCGCUGCUAAGGCGCCGCUCGUUGCGCUUGCGUUCAAGCUUGAGGAAGGUCGUUUCGGCCAGCUGACGUACAUGCGUGUGUACCAGGGUAGCUUCCGUAAGGGCCAGUUCAUCUGGCAUGCGCGCUCCGGCAAGAAGGUCAAGGUUCCACGUCUCGUGCGCAUGCACAGUAACGAGAUGGAGGACAUUGAUGAGAUUGGGCCUGGUGAAAUUUGUGCGAUGUUCGGUGUGGAAUGUUCCUCUGGCGAUACCUUCACAGAUGGUUCGACGUCAUACUCGAUGAUGUCCAUGUUUGUGCCCGAACCCGUCAUCUCUCUGUCUCUCACACCGAAGGGCCAGGAAACGCCGAAUUUCUCUCGUGCUCUCAACCGGUUCCAAAAGGAAGACCCGACGUUCCGUGUACAUGUCGACUCAGAGAGCAAGGAGACGAUCAUCUCCGGCAUGGGCGAACUCCAUCUCGAGAUCUACGUCGAGCGUAUGAGGCGUGAGUACAACGUCGAUUGCGUCACGGGCAAGCCACGCGUUGCGUUCCGCGAGACGAUCACGCAGCGCGCCAACUUCUUCUAUACGCACAAGAAGCAGACCGGCGGCGCGGGCCAGUACGCGCGUGUCAUCGGCUUCGUCGAGCCCAUGCAAGCCGACCCGACCACUGGCAAGGACAUCGAAUUCGUAAACCAGGUCAUGGGUGGGAACAUCCCGACCAACUAUAUUCCGGCCUGUGAGAAGGGCUUCUAUGAGGCACUCGAGAAGGGCACACUGUCUGGAAACCCGAUCUGUGGCUCCCGGCUCGUGCUGCAGGACGGUCUCGCUCACUCUGUCGAUUCGUCCGAGCUUGCUUUCCGGCUGGCCGUCAUUGGUGCCUUCCGCGAGACUUACAAGAAGAUGAGCCCCAUCAUACUCGAGCCCGUAAUGAACGUCGAGGUCGUUGCACCGGCUGAGUUCCAGAGCGCGGUGAUUGGUGGCCUGAAUGCGCGCCGCGGAACGAUCACGGACAGUGAGGUCCGCGAGGAGGAGUUCACGUGUAGGGCGGAUGUUGCGCUGAACGACAUGUUCGGCUACUCCAGCCACUUGCGCGGCGUCACUCAGGGCAAGGGUGAAUUCAGCAUGGAGUACAAGACCCACUCGCCCGUCAUGCCUCAGGUACAGAAGGAGCUGGAGGAGGCGUACAGGAAGACCCUCCCCCAGUCGAAAAAGUAGACACUAUGAUAUCAUUGUACAGCAUCUAAUACCGGUCCUUGCUUUCGUCGUCAUUGUGGUCAUUUCUAGACGCAUUCCACACUGUGCUAUAGCAUAUCAUGCAUCCUAACGUCGACGAGCCACUGCUGGCUUCUUGUGCCCACUUGAACCGGUACGCGCUUAUG